UACAGGGAAGUGAAAAAGGGAGCAAGGAAGGAAAGAAGGAAAGAAAGAAAGAAAGAAAGAAAGGAAGGAAAGAAAGAGGUUUGUAUAUUUUCCUACUUCUUAGAGGAAGAGCUUUGUCGCCAUUUUUAAUGCCAUGGAGUUUUAAAUGUGUUUCUAAUAUACAGGAACAACGUGUGAGAAACAAAACGUAGUAAAUGGUUUAAAAAGUCUAUCCAUGCUUUUAUCAAAAGUGGUUUUACACAUCAAUGAUUGUUAACUUUAAAUUUCCUCAUGUUCGAAACUGUAUUUAUGAAAUAUUAUUGAAUAAUAUAUUUAAUAAGAAACGUCUAUAGUUCACUAGCAUUUAAAAAAAAAAUUAAUGUGAGUUCACUUUCUGAUUCAAAGCUGGUUAAUAAAAAUAUGACUUUUUUUUAUUAAUGUCGUAUAAAAAGACAUUGAAAAGGUCAUGAUUAUGUAAUUAUAUAGGCUGUAUUAUACUUCUGUAAAAAUCUACGAGGUUUUAUUUCUGUAAUUGAAGGUUGAAACAUCGCUUUUAUUUUCUGUCAAAAUCAACGUGUUAAACGUUAUUAGUCAUUUGAUGGACAUUUCGAUUAUUUGAAGCAACAUUCAUGAAAUUAGUUUUGAGUUGUAAUGUCAGAUUGUAUUUCCACACAAGAUGUCGCUGUAGACCGUGAGUUGCAGUUCUUGGCACAUUAUUAAUACUCCGCCUAACGCAGAACAGGAGAACAGAGCGUCACAUACUUCGGACAUCAGCGGGCCUCGUGCAUUUUUCUUUUUCCUGCAGACAUUGGAUUAAAUGAAAGCACUUUUCGCCUUAUUUUGGAAUAUCCAGUAAAAGUAAGCGAUGGUUGGAGCGGACAGUGCUCGCUCUGCCUGGAUGAAGGCUCUGCUGCUGCUGUGUUUAUGGGAUUUGUGUUACGGUCAGAUUUCCUACUCGCUUUCAGAGGAGGCCAAGAAGGGAACCGUUGUUGGGAAUCUAGCGAAGGAUCUCAAUCUCAGUGUGCAGGAACUGGAGUCGCGCAUGUUUCAGCUUGUGACUGGAUCUAACGCCAGGUAUUUCGAGGUAAAUCGGAAAACAGGGAUUUUAUUAGUUAAUGACAGAAUAGACCGAGAGGAGCUGUGUGAAAGCAAACAGAAAUGCGUACUGAAUGUUGAAGCGAUGAUCCACAAUCCUCACAAACUCUACCGUGUUGAAAUUAAUAUACUAGACAUUAAUGAUAACUCUCCGGUGUUUCCACGUCAAGGAUUUGCUUUGAAUAUUACUGAAAAUAUGCUUCCUGGAGAUCGUUUUCCAGUAAUCAAGGCGCGUGACAUGGACAUCGGUAGUAAUUCAGUAAAAACCUAUAAAAUAAACACAAAUGAAUAUUUUUCACUGGACAUGCAGAGUGAUUCGGCUGAGCUCGUGCUUCAGAAAUCUUUAGACAGAGAGAGAGAGUCAGUGAUCAAGCUCGUGCUGACUGCUGUAGACGGCGGGACUCCUCCCAGAUCCGGAACCAUGCAGAUAGUUAUAAAUGUGCUGGAUAUAAAUGACAACAGCCCCGUUUUUACGAAGCCGCUUUACAAAGUCAAGGUCCAGGAGAAUGCAUCUGUAGGAACUAAAAUAAUCACCGUUUCCGCUGCAGAUGCAGACGAGGGGGUUAACAGUGAAGUGUCUUACUCUAUUGUAAGUGAUGAGGAAAAGUCGGCUAUGGACUCAUUCUCCAUAAAUCCUGUUUCUGGGGACAUCAUUGUUAAAGCUAAUAUUGAUUAUGAGGAACAUGCUGCAGUUGAACUGAGAAUUCAGGCUCAGGACAAAGGAUAUUCUCCGCGAAUGUCCAGAUGUAAAGUGUUAAUUGAAGUCGUGGAUGUGAACGACAAUGCACCAGAGAUAUCAGUUACUCUGCUCAUGAGCCCCAUAAGCGAGGACAUCAAACCUGGCACAGAUGUUGCAUUAAUCACUGUAUCAGAUAAAGAUAGUGGAACGAAUGGUAAAGUAAACUGUAAAAUUAUAGCACCUAGUCCUUUUAAAUUACAGCUAUCAUAUAAAAACUCUUACGCUCUUGUUGUGAAUGAAGCUCUGGACAGAGAGCGAGUCUCACAAUAUAAUGUCACAGUUGUGGCUAAUGAUGAGGGAACUCCUUCUCUCUCGAGCAGUAACGUUAUAACAGUUCAUGUCGCUGAUGUGAAUGAUAACGCGCCUUUGUUUCCUGCACCGGUAAUAAACAUUAGUGUGAAAGAGAAUAGUCCAGUUGGAGGGCUGUUGGCAUCACUAACGGCGCGAGACUCAGACAUCGGUGAAAAUGCCCUUGUUUCGUAUUCUUUAAUUGAUGCAGAGAGCAGCAGAGUGUCAAAUCUGAUGAACAUUAACUCACACACCGGUGAACUGUACAGCCUGAAGUCUUUCGAUUACGAAGAAACGAAAAGACUUGAGUUUAAAGUUCAAGCCACUGACUCUGGUGUCCCUCCACUAAGUAGUAACGUGACUGUAAAUGUUUUUAUCCUGGAUGAGAAUGACAACAGUCCAGUUUUUCUCCCUCCUUAUUCUGAACCUGGAUCAGUGAACACUGAGAACAUUCCCUACUCUGCUGAAGCGGGCUAUUUUGUGGCUAAAGUCAGAGCUGUAGACGCUGAUUCAGGUUAUAAUGCACUAUUAUCUUAUCACAUAAGUGAAGCAAAGGGAACGAAUCUCUUCCGAAUCGGAACCAGCACAGGAGAAAUAAGGACUAAAAGACGAAUGAGUGACAAUGACUUAAAAACUCACCCGCUUAUCAUUACUGUCUCGGAUAAUGGAGAACCUUCACUGUCCACAACUAUGAGUAUUGAAGUUGUGGUUGUGGAAAAUAUGGACAGGCUGCAGCCUUCACUAAGACAAGUGCCAGUGAAGGAGGAGAAUUUCUCUAAUCUGAAUCUCUAUCUGCUGAUCGCUAUUGUCUCAGUGUCAGUGAUAUUUUUACUGAGCCUCAUCGCUUUAAUAGCAGCUAAAUGCUACGGGACAGACGGAGGUUUCAGCAGGUCCAGCGCUCCAGUGGUCACUACACACCCUGACGGGAGCUGGUCUUACUCUAAAUCCACUCAGCAGUAUGAUGUGUGUUUUAGCUCAGACACACUGAAGAGUGACGUAGUGGUUUUCCCCUCGCCGUUUCCGCCUGCAGACGCAGAGCUGAUCAGCAUUAAUGGAGGAGACACUUUUACUCGAACUCAGACUCUUCCCAGCACUGGGAAGGUAAGACCUUGUUUAAUUUAGUCACUUACUAAUUUUUCAGCGUUUUUAGUCUCUUGUGAACUCUCUUCCAUGUCGUUUUGUGGGUCGUUAGAAUGAUUGUGCUUGAAGUUGACUUUUUCAACUGCAUUUCUUACUCACUUCAAUUUCCUCUCCUUUUGUUUAAUGUUUACGAGUUCUCUAAACGUUCAUAAAGCCUCCUAUAUAGUGUCGUACAACACUUACGUCAAUUUUUUUAAUAGACCUGACUUCACCUUUCUCGUUGACUAUCACAGAUCGUAUAUGUUUUUGUUGACCAGUUAAGGUUUUCAAUUUAAUUCCGCUGGUAUUAAUGCAGGUGGGAAGGUUUAUCUAAGGCACGUUUGAAAAACUUUUAUGGGGUUUCGUCCGGAUUUAGAUUGAAAUCAACACCACGAUUGUGGACAGCGACUAGUUUGAGCUUUACCAAAGGAACUGUGGAUAAUAUUGCAGACAAACGUCACAAAUACAGGGAAGUGAAAAAGGGAGCAAGGAAGGAAAGAAGGAAAGAAAGAAAGAAAGGAAGGAAAGAAAGAGGUUUGUAUAUUUUCCUACUUCUUAGAGGAAGAGCUUUGUCGCCAUUUUUAAUGCCAUGGAGUUUUAAAUGUGUUUCUAAUAUACAGGAACAACGUGUGAGAAACAAAACGUAGUAAAUGGUUUAAAAAGUCUAUCCAUGCUUUUAUCAAAAGUGGUUUUACACAUCAAUGAUUGUUAACUUUAAAUUUCCUCAUGUUCGAAACUGUAUUUAUGAAAUAUUAUUGAUU